CUACACCGCCCCCCUAUCGCGCCGUUUUACCCGGAGCCCCCUGCUCGGCCUCGCUAUUUACACAUCUACCACCCGCACGGCGGCACCUCUCCGUCCCACCGGUCACCGCCGCCGCCGCCGCCGCCGGGGAUGGGGGGAGCGCACUUCCCCGGCGACAACGACGCCGCCGAGGUCGACGUGGCCUGCGACGGGGGGGUCGACCGCCGCGACGUGGGCAAUAUGGAGCACGGGUGCGAGCAUUACCGGCGGAGGUGUAAGAUCGUGGCGCCGUGCUGCAAGCAGGUGUUCCCCUGCCGCCACUGCCACAACGAGGCCACGGCUUCAGGAGAUCGGCAUGCAAUAUGUCGCCAAGAUAUUGAAAAAGUAGUUUGUGUACUCUGUGAUACUGAACAGCCGGUGUCACAAGUGUGUGUAAGCUGUGGAGUCAAUAUGGGAGAGUACUACUGUGAUAUAUGCAAAUUUUAUGAUGAUGAUACAGAGAAAGGGCAGUACCAUUGCAAUGAUUGUGGCAUAUGUAGGGUUGGUGGCAAGGAAAAAUUUUUCCACUGUGUGAAGUGUGGGUCUUGCUAUUCUGUUGCACUGCGUGAUAACCAUCAGUGUGUGGAGAACUCAAUGAGACAGAAUUGCCCAAUCUGUUAUGAGUAUCUAUUUGAUUCGUUACAAGGAACAAGGGUUCUUAACUGUGGACACACAAUGCACAUGGAAUGCUUUUCUGAUAUGGUGGAGCAUAACAAAUACACCUGUCCAAUAUGCUCCAAGACAGCCCUUGACAGGACACGCCACUGGGAGAUGUUGGAUCAAGAGAUUGAAGCAACAAUCAUGCCUCCUGUAUAUCGUUACAAGACAUGGCCAGAUUUGGGUGCUUUGCAACGACUGCAACAAGGUCUCAGAGGUGAACUUCCAUGUGAUUGGCCACAAGUGCAGCCACUGCAACUCCUACAACACCCGAUCGACAUCACGGCCCGCAGAUUCGUCCGGAAGCAGCUCGCCGACAACAGACUCCUCCGACAACAACCUGUAGUGAAUUCUUCACGCCUGGCCCACACCUGGCAGAUGGAAGCAAUGCCAGAACCAUACAAUAGAAGAAGGAAACAUUGUUUCGCGGCGCGCGUCCCUGCCUGCCAAUCGUCAAGACUCCACGACGCCUUAGCCCUCAUUCGGUCAAGAUUCAAUUCAUUCCUUGAAUCCGCAUCUGUUGUCGGAACUCCCAGCUACCGCAUUUGUGCCUGUUCUACCUAAAAGAACAGCAUGUCCGUCUGCUGAACGCGUAUCAGUGGGUGGAAGUGAAACCCAGCAUGUUAUCAAUAUCUGAUACUGUAACCCUAUAGUAGUAAGAAUAUGAGGAUACAUUGACUGUUGGUUACUUGGUUGUGCGCCAGUGACGAUCUGUUUCUGAAUGGCCUGUCUGGUAAAACUUGGUAAGGCUAGAACCGGGUU